GUGCAUGCGCAGGGCGGGGAGACCUUGGCGAGGCGGCGGAGGCGCUAGGCGGAGGUGAAAGCUUUAGCGGAAAGGAAAAGUAGAGCGGCGAAAUGCAGAGCUGGAGUCGUGUGUACUGCUCGCUUGCCAAGAGGGGCCAUUUCAAUCGAAUAUCUCAUGGCCUACAGGGAGUUUCUGCAGUGCCUCUGAGAACUUAUGCAGAUCAACCAAUUGAUGCUGAUGUAACAGUGAUAGGUUCUGGUCCUGGAGGAUAUGUUGCUGCUAUUAAAGCUGCCCAGUUAGGCUUCAAGACAGUCUGCGUUGAGAAAAAUGAAACACUUGGUGGAACAUGCUUGAAUGUUGGUUGUAUUCCUUCUAAGGCUUUGUUAAAUAAUUCUCAUUAUUACCAUAUGGCACAUGGAAAAGAUUUUGCAUCUAGGGGAAUUGAAAUGUCCGGAGUUCACUUGAACUUAGAGAAAAUGAUGGAACAGAAGAGUACCGCAGUGAAAGCUUUAACGGGUGGAAUUGCUCACUUAUUCAAACAGAAUAAGGUUGUUCACGUAAAUGGAUUUGGGAAGAUAACUGGCAAAAAUCAAGUCACCGCUACGAAAGCUGAUGGCAGCACUCAAGUUAUUGAUACAAAGAAUAUUCUUAUAGCUACAGGUUCAGAAGUUACUCCAUUUCCUGGAAUCACGAUUGAUGAAGAUACAAUCGUGUCUUCUACAGGAGCUUUAUCUUUGAAAAAAGUUCCAGAAAAGAUGGUUGUCAUUGGUGCAGGAGUAAUAGGUGUAGAAUUGGGCUCAGUUUGGCAAAGACUUGGUGCAGAUGUGACAGCAGUUGAAUUUUUGGGUCAUGUUGGUGGAGUUGGAAUUGAUAUGGAGAUAUCUAAAAACUUUCAACGCAUCCUUCAGAAACAAGGGUUUAAAUUUAAAUUGAAUACAAAAGUUACUGGUGCCACCAAGAAGUCAGAUGGAAAAAUUGAUGUUUCUAUUGAAGCUGCUUCGGGUGAUAAAGCUGAAGUUAUCACUUGUGAUGUGCUGUUGGUUUGCAUUGGCCGACGACCCUUUACUCAGAAUUUGGGACUAGAAGAACUUGGAAUUGAACUAGAUCCUAGAGGUAGAAUUCCAGUUAAUACCAGAUUCCAAACUAAAAUUCCAAAUAUUUAUGCAAUUGGUGAUGUGGUUGCUGGUCCAAUGUUGGCACACAAAGCAGAGGAUGAAGGCAUUAUCUGUGUUGAAGGAAUGGCUGGUGGCGCUGUACACAUCGACUACAAUUGUGUACCCUCAGUGAUUUACACACACCCUGAAGUUGCAUGGGUUGGCAAAUCUGAAGAGCAGUUGAAAGAGGAGGGCAUUGAGUACAAAGUUGGGAAAUUCCCAUUUGCUGCUAACAGCAGAGCCAAGACAAAUGCUGACACGGAUGGCAUGGUCAAGAUUCUCGGGCAGAAAUCUACAGACAGAGUACUGGGAGCACAUAUUCUGGGACCGGGUGCUGGUGAGAUGGUAAAUGAAGCUGCUCUUGCUUUGGAAUAUGGAGCGUCCUGUGAGGACAUAGCUAGAGUCUGUCACGCACAUCCGACCUUAUCAGAAGCUUUUAGAGAAGCAAAUCUGGCCGCAUCAUUUGGCAAACCAAUCAACUUUUAAAUUAGAAGACUUUCUGAAAUUUCUUGCAAGCUUUUGUAGAGGUCAUUUCUGAAUAGAAAAUGCUCACAGCAACAAGAGUUUCUAGGACUGAAUUAUGAAACUUGGAAGGUAUUUAAUAGGUUUGGACAGAAUGGAAUGAUCUCUUAUUUACAAUUAACCCUUAUUUUCAUGCUAUCUAUAAAAAGUUCAACUUCACCAAAUUUAUGUUAAGUAGUUUUUCUCUCUCAUGUAAAGUUGGAUUUAUGUACAUGGAUAAAGCUGGAGUUUGAUAGGUGAACAACUCGGUUUGAAGCAAGGUGAUCAAGUUAUUCUAAACUUGGAUGUCAGUCAUUAGAGUAAGAUUCAAAUAUGUAUAAACUGAACUGAUGUAAAUAAAAAUGAUGGUCUCUCA